AAAACUCCAAAAACCACGGAAGUAGACGUGAUGGUCUGCUGUUUCGCUUGUAUUUUAUUCCAGAAAAAGACUAUUUUCAUUUCUAUGAUGGCAGAACACGACGAAUUAACAAUGGAUUUAAAAUGUGCUAAAGAUGUAUCUAGAUCCAGCACACAUCUUCAACUCGUCUCGUACACAUCGUCUCAUAUGUUAACAGCUAGCGAUUGACUGGAGCACUGAGAACUUCACAUCACCAUGGGCCACAGGAAGAGAGGUCACACUCAUGCACCUAAAACCCCUUCAUCUUUGGACACACACUCCUCCAGCAGCACACUGCUGCACACUGAUCACGAGCAGGGCAUGAAGCACAGGAUAUGUAUGGUGUCAGACUUCUUCUACCCAAACAUGGGUGGUGUGGAGAGUCACAUCUACCAGCUCUCACAGUGCCUCAUAGAGAAGGGCCAUAAGGUUGUGAUCGCAACUCAUGCAUAUGGAGACCGUCGUGGGAUUCGCUACUUGACCAAUGGACUGAAGGUGUAUUAUCUACCACUGCAGGUCAUGUAUAAUCAGUCCACAGCGACCACCUGCUUUCACAGUUUGCCGUUACUCCGGUGUGUGUUUGUGCGUGAACGCAUCACAAUCGUGCACGCCCACAGCUCCUUCUCCGCGAUGGCCCAUGAUGCUUUGUUCCAUGCCAAGACUAUGGGACUCAACACCGUCUUCACAGAUCACUCUCUCUUUGGAUUUGCGGACCUGAGCUCUGUACUGACCAAUAAGCUGCUGACUGUCUCUCUGUGUGACACCAAUCACAUUGUGUGUGUGUCGUACACUAGUAAAGAGAACACUGUACUGCGAGCCGCUCUUGACCCUGAGAUCGUCUCUGUCAUCCCUAAUGCUGUCGACCCCACUGACUUCACCCCUGACCCCUGUCGCCGUGACAAUAGGAAGAUUACCAUUGUGGUCAUCAGUCGACUGGUUUACAGGAAAGGGAUUGAUUUACUAAGUGGAAUCAUUCCUGAACUAUGUGGAAAGCAUCCAGAUCUCUGCUUUCUGAUUGGUGGAGAGGGACCCAAAAGAAUCAUACUGGAAGAGGUUCGAGAAAAAUAUCAGCUUCAUGACAGGGUUCGUCUGCUGGGAGCUCUGGAUCAUAAAGAUGUGAGGGAUGUUCUUGUUCGGGGUCAUAUCUUUCUUAACACUUCUCUCACCGAGGCCUUCUGUAUGGCCAUAGUGGAGGGAGCCAGCUGUGGGCUGCAGGUGGUGAGCACCCGUGUUGGAGGUAUACCUGAAGUCCUGCCUGAUGAGUUGGUGACUCUGUGUGGACCAUCAGUUCGCUCACUUUGUGAUGGCUUGGAAACUGUAAUUGCAAGAAUACGCACAGGAAACGUGGCGUCUCCUGCCACCAUCCACCGCAAGGUCCGAACUCUGUACACUUGGAGAAACGUUGCCGAGCGCACAGAAAAGGUGUAUAAUCGGGUGUGCAGGGAACCUGUUUUGCCAUUUUCUGAGCGACUGCAUAGACUGCGCUCUCACUGUGGUGCUGUGGCAGGCUCCAUUUUCUCCUUUUUUGCUGUUAUUACCUUCCUCUUCCUGCUUCUCCUGCAGUGGCUCCGCCCAGAUCAUCUGAUUGAUGUUGCUAUAGACUCAUCAGGUCCCCACAGCCAAAUGGGGCAGCAGCUUAGUAAGAAGAAAAGUAAAACACCAAACCCAGCUUUGUCCUGAUUAAUGAUCUAACAUGACCUCACAUUAGUCUCAUGGUGGACUUUAUUUAGAAGGGGAAGGAUGCAAGUAAUGAACUGAACUAAACCUGUUGUACCGGUACGUCAUAGUGUACUAUGGUACAUCAAAACAUGUACUGACUACUGUUUACAUUCCUGUAUAAAACCGCGACCUCAGGUGAAGAGAAAGCUUUUAAAAGCUAUCCUCAGCCACUCCUAUAGUCCAGCGCCUGCUUUUGCACACUGAAAAGCUGCCUUUAACUGAACCCCCAUCAGAAAAUAGUCUAAACUUGUUGAAAUUGUUGCACAAAUAUGUUUUAAUGUCUAGAUUUAAGAUAAAUGACAAACAGUCAAACAUUUUUCUUCUAACAGCACAUCUGUAUGGUGUAGAUGUGAUUUAAACUGAUAUAAAUGAGCUGAACGUUUUAAUGCCAAAUACAGUUUAUGAGCUCUAGUGGAGGUAUGAAAUGUAAGAUGCAUCAUAUCUGUUCAUUUUUUUUGAUCUGACAGUGCUUGUUUGUCUUUAAACCGGUUCUUACUGAAAUUGCUUCUUUUUAUUGGCAGAUUUUGGAUAAUGGUGUAAAUGCAUUUAUUUAAACCUAAACAUAAAACACAUACAGUUCACAUACAGUACACUUGAUUUUGGGCGCUAUACUUUUCAUACCUGCUUUCUUUGUUGCACCUAUUUUAUAUUGACCUUCUCUGUGAGUAUUGUGAACAUGAUUAUAAUGCACAAAAUUUCAUACUACCUGAAGUGGGUGUGAAUUUGAAUUGUUUUUGUUGACACAAUCUACAAUAAACUU